AUGUUUAAUAUUUUUAAAAGAUUUAUUCUUUAUUGGUUUUUGAGUAGUUUUGUUGGCCUUAACGCACUUGUAGAAUUACCACAAGUUGAAGUUAACGAUCUUAUAAUAACAGAAAAAUUAAUCAGGACUUCUACAAACAGCAUCUUGUCCAUUCUCAAAUUUGUGAAACCUGAAAACAGCUCAAGAAUUAAAGAAUAUUCAAUUCUCCAUCGAUAUUUCGUAUCUGUGACGUUGGAGGAUUCAAACAACUUAAAACGUAUAGCGCGUCUGACGAGAGUUGAUCAUAAAAAAUUUAAUAACUCUACAAAAAAUUUAACGGCAAUUGUAAACGAAUUGCUCAAUGAGAAUCUAUAUGAGCCAAAAUCGAAUGAAACUGCUGCAGAGGAUCAUGAUAAUGAUGUAAUACAAUACGUAGAUAGGUUUCUUGCUAAACUAGAAGCAUUAAAGGAACUUUAUGGUGUUGAUAAAGUAUUUACAGAUAUUAAUACGAACAUCAUAAAACUUUUCAAAGAGGCCAAUGAAUCACAAUUGAUACCAGAAACAAACAAUUUGACAAGCCAAGUUGUAAAUAACACAGUGAUUGCGAGCAAUGAAUUUUGGGAACCUAGUGGUCGACGCAUUUAUAAAGGAGAGAGGACGAAAAUUAAGCACUUUCCAUUCAUGGCUAGCAUCCAUAUAUUCAAUACGUUCCAGUGUGCUGGUUCCAUCAUAAAGUCGGACCUAAUCAUCAGUGCUUCUUCGUGUUUACAAUUGGCCUGGAAUAACCGAUUCUACCGCGAAAACCCAGCGUUUCUGUCGGUCCGUGUCGGGUCUUCUUUCUAUACCGGCGGUGGAGAAAAUAUCCCAGUGCUGGAGAUAUAUUUUCAUCCAGAUUACAACCCUAAGAGUCUGCGGAAUAACAUAUGUCUGUUACGUUUAAUAAGGCACAUCAAAUUUCGACCAAAAAACCGAAGGAAAGUACGAAAAAUCUUAAUUGACAAGAAGCCAUGGAAUUUGCCAGUGGACAUUCCGGGGGUAACUAUAAUCGGUUGGGGGGCUAAGGGGCCGAGUAACAUAUUGGCUGAUCCCUGGAAGAAUAUACUUUCAUAUGCCUCGCUUGACGUGUAUCCACUAAAAGAAUGUCAGGAGGUUUAUUCCAGGGAAUAUGUUACCAGGAAAAAUUUCUGCGCUGGUUUCUUCUCGAAAGGUGGCGGAGCUUGUAAUCGUGACGUGGGAGCUCCAGGCGUCGUCGAUGGUAUUCUCAUGGGAGUUGUCAGUUUUGGCUCCCCUACGUGCGGUACUCCUGACGCCCCAACCGUCUUCACUAAACUUGGCUAUUAUAGUCACUGGAUUGAACAAAUUAUGAAAUUGGAUGUUCCACAUACUAAAAAGAAAACUACGUUGAAAUACGACUUCACACCUCAUAUUAUCACUACACCAUCUACCACAACAACAAUUAAACUUAGGCUAUUGAAAAAGGGAGAAAAAGCACCUUAUUAUCCAAUUGGAGAUGAAAAUUUUUUGCGAAAUUAUGAUGAUAAGUUGUUCCAAGAAUUUGUGACAAGCGUGUUUAGUAGUGAUGAGUUAGGAGAAUACGAAAAUAAAGUUAAGUAUCAGAAUUCCUUUAAUAAACAAGCAAAAGACAUUGCAGGAAAAAAUAUUAACGUCAAAAAAGAACUGAUAAAUCCAAUAACGGAAAAAUAUACUACUGUUGCAUACAAUGAUAACUCUAAUAAAUCACAUAUUCUUUUCACUGUCGGAUAUGCGCCGGAAUCCGAAGAAUAUGUUUCGACCACAGCAUAUGUGCCCAAAAUUGAUGAUGAUUUUGAAACAGAGGAGUAUUUUUAUACAACAGAAUACACACCUGAAGCUCAAGAAUCAUUCCAUAAAACAAAAUAUAUUCCAGUGCAAGAACACACUCCGAAGAUUGAGAGGAAUUUGCAGGUUACUAAUUAUGCUCCUAUUAAAGAAAAUCACUUCACUAAACUAACUACUUCUAAGCCAAUUGAUACACCCAAAGAAAUAUUCUUAGAACUUGCAACAGAAUCUAGUGAUGAUUCAAAUGAUUCUGAUCAACUUCAGUCAGGUAUUAAGAAUGCGAUAUCUUUUAACAAAAGUACAGAAGAUUCCAUAUCAGGAGAUAUUAGUGAUGUUCCUGAAGAACAAGCUAUUGCAGAACUUUUAGAUGAAAUAGAUUUAAAUCAAAUAUUAAAAGAAUUAUCGCCUAAUUUGACCAUCCCAUCAAAAUCAUCAUUCCAAAGUCUUUCAAAGGAUUCGACUAGAAAUAGAUUUGUUAUUUCACAUACAACAACAGAGACCCCGUUCAAGAAAAAUAAUAAGAAUAAUCUUAGGAAUUUAAAUUUUCAAAAUGAUGUCAAUGGAGAGAAUGACUCAGUAUUAACUUCACUGUAUUUAUCUGAUAAUGAAAAGCAAGAUAAAACUAACCAGUAUAUAGGAGAUAUAGGUAUGAUAAAUGGCAAAAAAGAUAUCUUGAAUACACAUCAAGAAUCCAUCAAGAAAGAUUCGGUACCAAGAGCCUGCAAGGACUGCAACAAAAUGUACAACCUCGUGCCAAAGAGUCAGUUCUACAAAAUAAUUUCACAAGUUUUAAGAGCCGCUAACAUUAAUAAAAAUAUUGACACUUAG